CAACUUUGCUUCCCCGUCGGAGAAUCGAACCCCGGUCUCCCGCGUGACAGACGGGGAUACUCACCACUAUACUAACGAGGAGAUUUGAGAGCAACAGGCCAUGUAGAUUCUUUGGGAUGCCUUUACAACAAGAACCUAUAGGCCCAAACAUUGUCAUUCAGGGAAGAACUCAUCUGAAUCCUGGACAAUGCUGGGCCUUUGCAGGAUUCCCAGGACGUUUAUCCGUCCGACUGUCCCAUAAAGCCACUGUCACUCAUGUGUCGCUGGGUCAUAUUCCUAAAAUGAUAUCCCCAUCUUCCACAAUCUCCAGUGCUCCGAGGGAAUUCUCUGUCUAUGGAAAGAAGGACAUAAACGAUGAGGAGAGUUUCUUGGGAACUUUUCAAUAUGAAGAAGAUGGCAGCAGGAUACAGACCUUCAAACGUCCUGAUUAUAAAAUUGACUCCUUCACCCAUGUGAGCCUACAGCCAGUCAGCCUCGGCAGAUGGCUGUUCAUCCUGAGCCUGGUUCUGCUGGAGGUUUCUUCCUUUUAAAGGGAGUUAUCCUCUCCACUGUUGCCUUGUGCUUGCUCAGGAUGGGGGAUCCCUUGGAUUAAACAUCCAUCGCGAUCGGCUGGU